AUGUUUUUACAAAAUUUUAUAAACAAAUUACAAUUAGAUGCUCCACAACCAUGGGGUUUAUUUUUCCAAGAUUCAGCAUCACCUCAAAUGGAAGGUAUUGAAGAAUUACAUAAUAAUAUUAUGUUUUACUUAGCUAUUAUAAUGUUUACUGUAACAUGA